UCGCGUUGUCAUAUUGUUCGAUAAUCGAUUUUUUCAAUUAAUGGUUAUACAGAAGCCAAGUACAGAAAUCUCUGCGCGCUAUGCGGCAAUCCGCGCUCGUGCGACGACGACGACAGAUACUACGGCAUGACGGGAGCUUUGACGUGCUUGCGACAAGGCAUUGGAAAUUUGGCCUGGCUCAGUAGAUCCGACGCUUCAAAGUACUUCUCGCAGUUGGGGUUGUACGGAUUUUCACUGCUCUGCCCGGAUGGAACGGCGAGAGUCCUGUGGAUCGUCGAUCCGCGACCAGUGAUCGUAGCCAAUAAAAACGUCGCACACAUUGUUCUCGACAAAGUCACCGACAUGGGCGAGGAGAAGAGCAAGUUCUACCAAGUCGUGCAUUCGUCUUACGUGUUCUCGUAUCUGAAAAAAUUAGCUAAAACUUCCAGGAUCCUCCAGCGCAUCCGUGAAAGCCAAAUCGACGUGUCGAUCGAAGCGCAUCAUUCGCUGGUGCGUAUCUUCCAGCCUCGAAGCAAAAAAGUGUCAAUCACUGAGGAGAUCAUCUAACGCACUGGAGCUCA